UCUUUUUCACCCCUCACCUCUGACAUUUCUCCCAGGAACCUUUGAGGGAGAAAAGGUUCAUUCAUCCACAGUUACCUACCUGCCCAUCAGUCAUGAGCUGCCCCGAAUCUCAGAAGACAGGGAGGAAUGCUGAUUCCUCUCCAAAACAAGUUAUCUUCAAGAAAAGCACCCGUGACAAAGCCCUGACCAUCUACCUGGGAAAGCGUGACUUCAUUGACAAUAUAGGGAGUGUGGAACCUGUAGAUGGUGUUGUAUUGGUGGAUCCUACAGUGAUCAAGGGGAAAAAAGUGUAUGUGACUCUGACCUGUGCUUUCCGGUAUGGCCAGGAGGACAUUGAUGUGAUCGGCCUCACCUUCCGGAGAGACCUGUUCUUCUCUAGGGUCCAGGUGUACCCACCUGAAAACAAGCCAGAGUCUCUCUCCCACUUGCAGGAAUCUCUGCUAAAGAAGCUGGGGAAAAAUGCUUACCCCUUUUUCUUUACAUUCCCAGAUUACCUGCCUUGUUCAGUCUGUUUGCAGCCUUCACCUCGUGAUGUUGAUAAGAGCUGUGGGGUGGACUUCGAGGUGAAAGCUUUCUCAACAGAGAAUUUGGAAGAGAGAAUUCACAAGAGGAACUCCGCACGGCUGUUGAUCCGUAAAGUACAGUUUGCUCCAGAAGAACCAGGACCCCAACCUUGUGCAGAGACCACGUGGCAGUUCUUCAUGUCCAACAAGCCAUUGCAUCUGAAAGCUUGCCUCAGUAAAGAGGUGUACUACCAUGGUGAGCCCAUUCCAGUCACUGUCAUGGUCACCAACAGCACAGAGAAAACAGUGAAGAAGAUCAAAGUCCAGGUGGAGCAGGUUGCCAACGUGGUUCUGUACUCCAGUGACUUCUACACGAAAGUGGUAGCUGCUGAGGAAGCACCGGAAAAGGUGCAGCCAAACAGCAGCCUGACAACAACACUGACAGUUUUGCCCUUGCUGGCAAACAACCGGCAGACCCGGGAAAUAGCCCUGGAUGGCAAGCUAAAGGAUGAGGAUACCAACUUGGCUUCUAGCACUAUUGUUAAGGAUGGAAUAGACAAGACAGUGAUGGGGAUUCUGGUUUCCUACAAGGUCAGAGUGAAGCUCACUGUUUCGGGCCUGCUGGGAGACAUCACCUCCAGUGAGGUGAGCACAGAGCUGCCAUUUCGUCUCAUGCACCCCAAACCUGAGGAAAAGAACCCAGCAGGUCAGUUAUACCUCAUUUUUGCCUUCUUUUUUCAUUGCUGUUGUUGUAUUUGUCCCACAUCAGGUUUUGCUUCGGCAGGUGCAUGCACACGUGUUCAGACUGUCGGAAUUCUUGUAUUGCUGCAAAUCCUGAUGCUUUAUAACGUUUUGCUAUUCUUAGCAUCCACUGUUCUAACUGUUGGUGUCUCUCUUUUCCUCCCUUACUGCAUGCUGAUGACUGCAGGAAAGGAUGGUGAUGCAGAGAUGGUAUUUGAGGAGUUUGCUCGUCAACAGCUAAAAGACACGGGUGAUGAAGAAGAAAACAAGAAUGCUUCCUCAACUGAUGAGUGAUGAAAAGCACGAGCUGAUGGAGAAGCUAUGUAGCCUGGCACCAAUGAUUAAUUUAGGAGCUAGGUUUCGAGUAAACUGUGGUUCUUGGUGCAUGUGCUGUCAGCGAUCAGUAGACGUAAAAUCAUAAAUUUCUCUUACGUAUUAAAAGUUUCCACUUCAUAAGAACAUAGCAAACUCCAUACCUGCUGCUUACUGUACCUACCAGAGGAGGCCAGGAAGGCUGCACCAUCUGCUUCAGAGCUACCUGUUCAGGUGGUUGGUUACUUUUACCAUUGAUGAGAGCUUACAUGAGGGCUUGUGCAGCCUGCCUGUGCUCAGCUGGGGUCUCUGUGUCUUUUCUCUGCGUCUUUUUCACUAGUGAACUGAGUCCUAGUUUGAAUGGCUGGCUUGCUGCCUUUGACUUAAAGAUCCUCAGUGGGCUAUAUAAAAUUGGUUUUGUUUCCUUUUGUUUGCUUUUGCAUUUCUGCUUUAUCCACUCAUCUAGUUAAUAUCUUCAGUGCUUGCACUGACCAUGUGUAUGGCUUACAUCCUCCCUCUCUACCACUAAAUGUCUUGCAAGUCCUCUUUCACAGCAGUUGUAUUGCUGAGAUGUUGCAUUAGCUUUCUAGCUCUAUACUUAACAGCCACGUUAUUAAGGAACAGAAAAAUGUGCUCUGUGCAUGAAUUCCUUAACAUAGCUCCCUAUGUGCAAUGCUAACCGGAGAAAUGCUAGUCUAGUUCUCUAAUCUAGUUUUCUUUAUGUGGCAGUGCUUCAAAAGAAUGUGCAAUGAAAUCAAGGAGGAAACCAUGGGGCAAACUGCCCUUAGAAUCCCCAUUGCUCUGCCAGAGAUCAGCUUAUACUCUAAGAAAUGAGAACAUAGUCUGCAAACAUUGAUCUCCCUUGUUGAUCUGCAUGUUCUCGUUAUCCAUGCAAAUGCACGAGGUCCUUUUCUGGGUCUCACACAGGCUCUGGUUGAAAUGAGUUGCGUCAGCUAGUUACGUUUUGCAUGUAAAAGGACUGCUGUUACCCUUUUCCCAUUUUUGCUCUGUUUUUCACUGU